AAGGACUUCAACGGCUUUAGAACGCUUCACAGCAACCUUGUCUCUUCGCUCACCAUUACCUUCGUCGGAGAGCAGCAAAACAUAUAGACAGUCUCUUCAAAAUGAGUGCCGCAGCGUCAGAGAAGGUUCAGAAGAAACCCUUGCCUUUCAUCGCCAACUUCACCGCUGGAGCUAUCGCGGGAGUGUCAGAAAUUCUCACGUUCUACCCUCUCGAUGUUGUGAAAACGCGUAUGCAACUAGAGACCGGGAAGUCGAAGAAUGGUCUUGUCGGUACCUUUCGUUCGAUCAUUCGUGAAGAAGGUUUCGGAAGACUGUACAGAGGUCUUGUACCCCCACUCUUGCUCGAGGCACCCAAGCGCGCAACCAAAUUCGCCGCAAAUGAUUUCUGGGGGAAAAAGUACCUCAAGCUUACUGGUCAAUCCAAGAUGGACCAGAAGCUUGCUAUCCUGACUGGUAGCAGUGCGGGUGCUACCGAAAGUUUCGUCGUCGUACCUUUCGAACUUGUCAAGAUUAAGUUGCAGGAUAAGUCCAGCACGUUCGCAGGCCCUAUGGACGUUCUUAAACAAAUCAUUAAAAAGGAUGGCCUUCUCGGGCUGUAUGUUGGAAUGGAAUCAACGUUCUGGCGUCACCUCUGGUGGAACGCCGGUUACUUUGGAUGUAUAUUCAAAGUGCGAGAAUUAUUGCCCAAACCUGAGACAAAGAAGGCAAGGUUGCUAAAUGAUUUGAUGGCUGGUUCGGUCGGUGGUUUCGUCGGAACGGCUGUGAAUACUCCAUUCGACGUCGUGAAAUCACGUAUUCAAGGCGCAACCAAGGCUCCAGGAGUCGUACCCAAGUAUAACUGGACAUACCCUGCCUUGGUCACCAUCUUCCGGGAAGAAGGUCCAACAGCUCUUUACAAAGGAUUCCUCCCCAAGGUGCUUCGAUUGGCACCUGGUGGAGGUGUUCUCUUACUUGUAGUCGAGUUCACUUUGGGUGUGUUCCGUAAAGCUCUGGGUCCUCCAUAUAUCUAGACUGCUUAGGAAAGGUAGACGUAGAUUGACUUUUCUAAUACCGGCAUAAAUUAGAGGGGGUAGGUGGUGGCAUAAAAGUACGUUGUACUCUCGUUGUACCUUAGAUGUAUUUAUUAUGCAUUGGACUCUUCAAUGGCGGACUAGUACAGCAUCGAGCCGUUGUACCUAGUUCCCAUCUAUUAAAGCAUGGUAUAUAAAGUAUGCGAAUUAGUCCAUUGUCAAACCUUCUUCAGUUCUCCUUCUUGGCCUUUGCAUUGGAUACAUGCAUCGU